CAAUCAUCAUUCUCUCAUCAUCCCCAUUUCUCAUCUAUUUAUAGCCUCUCUACUCAUCCCUUCUCGUGCUUGAGCAAGAGAGAGAGAUUUAAAACUACAAAAGUCCUUUUUUCUAGAGUUCUUCUUCACUGUUUCCGUUAGAUCUCCACGGUCUCAUCCUCCUUCCGGUUUCCAUAAAAAUCAAGAUCCUCUGUUCUGCCUGCUUGUGCUUGGAGGUCCAACAGCGAGAGACAUACAUCGGAAGAUAGGCAAGGGGGUAAAACCCGGGGCCGCCACGUUGUUGACAUCACGGCUAUACAUAAAGUUAACCGAUCUCUCAUUCAUGUCCGAUCAGUUCGACGUAAGGGUUGUGUAGUUGAGAGCAACCCUUCGCCGCACGGAGGACGUGGUGCUUUGCCUUCCGAAGGCGGCAGUCCUUCCGAUCUCCUCUUCCUCGCCGGUGGUGGUGGUCUUCACCUUGCCACCUCUUUCCUUUAGGAUACUAUCUUUCUUAGUAGACAGCUAGGUAGUGAUUAAAUAGGAUUAGGGAAAAAAAGAAGAGUAGAAGACUACUUGGUUGCUCUUUACUUCUUUGCUCGAUUGUUGGGGAGGUUUGCAAUUGAUUUUUACUGAAUUCAAUCAUGAUGUUGAGUAUCAAAAAGGUUCCUACUUUGGUUUCCAAUCAUCAGAAGGAAGAGGGGGAGGAGUCCCGUCUUAAUGGAGGGGGUUGCGGCCGUAAUUGCCUUAACAAGUGUUGCAUUCAAGGGGCAAAUCUUCCCUUGUAUACUUUCAACAGGAUGAACAAGAAGGUUCAAGAGAAGGGCUUGGUCGACGACGAGAAAGAGCCUCCCGUGGCCUUUCUGGAGUCCCUCAUUCUUGGAGAGUGGGAGGAUCGCAUGCAAAAAGGGCUUUUUCGCUAUGAUGUCACUGCCUGCGAAACCAAGGUGAUUCCGGGUAAGUACGGCUUCAUUGCCCAGUUGAACGAGGGCCGCCACCUCAAGAAGCGGCCUACAGAGUUCCGAGUUGACAAGGUCCUCCAGCCUUUUGACGGCAACAAGUUCAACUUCACGAAAGUUGGGCAAGAGGAGGUGCUCUUCCAAUUCGGAGCCAGUGAAGAUGACGAAACCAAUUUCUUCCCAUUUGCUCCGAUCGAUGUCGACGACUCGCCGAGUGUUGUUGCAAUUAACGUUAGCCCAAUCGAGUACGGGCAUGUACUGCUGAUCCCCCGGAUUCUGGACUGCUUGCCACAAAGGAUUGACCGUGAGAGCUUCUUGCUUGCCCUCCAUAUGGCAGCAGAAGCCGGGAAUCCAUACUUCCGGUUGGGUUACAACAGCUUGGGUGCAUUUGCUACUAUCAAUCACCUUCACUUUCAGGCUUAUUUUUUGGCUGUGCCGUUUCCAAUUGAGAAGGCUCCCACCCGAAGAAUUACCACCACUGACGGAGGUGUGAAGAUCUCUGAGCUGUCCAACUAUCCGGUCAGAGGUCUUGUGUUUGAGGGAGGCAAUACUCUGAUUGAUUUAUCUAAUGCUGUAUCUGAAUCCUGUAUCUGCCUUCAAGAUAACAACAUCCCUUACAAUGCCCUCAUCUCUGACUAUGGGAAAAGGAUUUUCCUGUUGCCUCAGUGUUAUGCUGAGAAGCAAGCACUUGGGGAGGUAAACCCAGAGCUUCUUGACACUCAGGUCAACCCGGCUGUGUGGGAAAUUAGUGGCCACAUGGUGUUGAAAAGGAAACAUGACUAUGAGGAAGCAACAGAGGAGAACGCAUGGAGGCUCCUUGCAGAGGUCUCCCUCUCUGAAGGGAGGUUCCAGGAGGUGAUGGCUAUGAUUUUUGAAGCCAUUGCUUGCAAUGUUGAUGCAAAUGAAAGCAUCGCUCUGAGCAUUGGAGAGAAAGCAGCUGAUGGGAAUCAAGAAACCAACGCUACAAUGAUCCCUGGGAAGCAGGAAUGCCUUGUCCAGUAUUAGUUGAUGUGUGCCAAGAACUGGGUGAGUGUGGUAGAUGUAUUGUGGUCAAUCCUGGUGGUAACCUAAAUAAAGGGAACCGUGUUUGCUUUUCGCCAUUGUCAUUGUUGUUCUGGUGUCUUGUCUUGGUAAUCAGAUGUCUUCUAUGCACAGUUUAUACCUAAUUGUACUAGUUCCAGAUGAACUUCCCUGUACUUCAGCCUUGAGGAUAGUUCUACCUCUACGGUUAUUUAUGUGGUUCUUUCUCC